CAAAAAUAUUGGAAACAAAAAAGUAUUAUAACGUAAAUAAUUGUUGAAUACUGUGAGUAAUGUUUAAUUUUUUUCGUUGAGAUGGCAACAAAAACACUACCAACACUCCAAAUCAUGUCGUACUAUUAAAUACUUUCUUCGUGGUUAUUACCUUUAUUAAUUAGGGGAUAUUUGUCCGAUAAAAAAUAACCAUUUUGUACACAUAUAAUUUGGACGCCAGGGCUUUGAAAAGAGUAACUCAUCGUCCUUACCAACGAUCUUUGCUCUUCUACAUAUAGUUUUGGGUUGCACCGCUGUUUCUUUCCAACUCCCACAGAGACGCAUAGCCUACAAAAGCCGCCAAUAACGCUUUUAACUAAUCGACUAGACGUUUGUCUCUGCUUUGGGAUGUAAUUAAUGUCUGAAACUGAAAGACAGAUGGAAGUGAGAGCUGCCAGGUGGGGGUUUACAAGAAUGGCGCUGCCAAUACCUGGACCAUAGCGCGAAAAGUUUCAGCGGGAGAGAAACCACAGGUCCCGCUCUACAUGCAAAUAAAUGUGGGAGAGAACGCGAACCCCUAUAGUUUGCAUAAUAUCCACUUCAUAUGCCAUAUUCGAGCGCUUUGACUAUGACUGUGGACGGAAAAAACUUUGAAUGUAUUGUUUCCUAAAAUAUCUUACACAACUUCACUUCUUUCUUGAACCACUGCACUGCAUUGCAGUAUCAAUUCUCUGUUCCCUCUUUUUUCACACUACAUAACCAAAUGACCUGUCCCUGCUAGAGAUAGAUGGAUGGAUAGAUGAAUGAAUGUUGAGAGCGAUUAGAGUACGGGGUGUCAGUUCAAAUGCAUUUACUUCAGGUUGACUUGAAAAAGAAAUGUAGUGUUCAUGUAUUUCUUGGUUUAAAGUGUCAGAAAGGCAGCCAGUGUUUCUGCCAAGUGCACGGCCUUUUGUUCUUUCUCUGACUCAUUACUGAAGAGCAUCAGGUGAAGCUGAUGGGAACAGGUUCAGACAUGUUUGGAAAUGUUGGUGUAGGUGAAAAACUAAAUCCCAGAUCACACUCACACCUAGAGGACUUAGACUUUGACAUUUUUACAUUAUUUCCUUACCAAUAACUUUUUUUUUUUUUUUUACUUAAAUGUACAUUUUUACAAAUCUGGCAAGUCAACAAGUAUGCAAUACCCUUUAAAAUAGUGAAUGGAUCAGGGUGAUGCCAAUUUGCCCUAAUCUUCAACUUCCUGCACAGAUUCUCUAUUACAUUCAAGUUGGGGCUCUGAGUGACACUUAAAUGCUAUAAAAUAUAAACAAUGCCACACUCACUGAUUUCUUCUAUUUUCAAUUUCUUUUUUCUCUUACAUGGCAUAUAUCACCAAAAAAAAAGUAAUAUCACACAAAUAUAUAGCCUAUAUAUAGCCUAUGCAUGAUGAUUUUAUUAAGGGAAUAAAAUCAAACUAUUAUGUCAUAAACCUUAUUCGUUCAUAAAUGAAAAUUUCAUGGUAAUUAAAUUUAUUUCUCUUUGUAAAAAAAUUAAUCAAUUCUGAAGUGAUGCAAAAGGAGAAUAAUAAACAUUACUUUGCUCUUUUGCUAGUAGAAAAAAAAUAUUUGUCUUAUAUAAAAGUAACAUGUAUUUUGACCAUUGGAUGAAUAUUUAGCAUAUUUAGAAAAUAGACUCGUUUAAACAACAACAAAAAAUCAUAAACAUGAAUUCUUCUGAUGGAUAUCCAGUGUUGGACUUGAAUGCAUAUUUAAGACUUAAAAUAUGUGGCAACAAGUUAGACUCUUUGAAAUGUGGCAAAAAUAAUAAUAAUCAUGAAGAAACAAUGCUAGAUCAGUAAAGCUGUGCUUGGUGCUCCAGUCAACCCAGAGCAUUUUUUUCCCCCUUGUUGAUAAAACCAUCACAUUGUAGAGGAAUAAUUAAGUACAACAAGUACAGCAACAGCUACCCUGCUAAAUUUUCAGAAAAGGAACAAACGUUCCCCCCUCCUUAAAUCUCCUGAUAUACUUCCAAAACCAGUCGGCACAAAAACACGAUAAAGAUACUUGCUUUAAAAGUACGAAGUAAAUGAGACACAAUGAGUUGGUGAUUCUUUUACAAUUAAACCUCUUAUACAGAAGAUUAAAAAGUAAGAAUAUUUGGGACCUACUUUUCAGAUAGUGUGUAGGGAGCAAACUUAGCAAGAGGGAAAUGGCAAAGAAAAGUCUGAAGUUAGAGGUAUCUUUAGUUCAAGAGCUGAAAGAUAUAUAGCAAUUUUACUCAAAGCUAAAGAAACUCAGAGGAAAAUCAGCAAAUCUAUAAUUAUGAAACCGAUGACACCUUCAGGAAACUUAUGUUGAAACUGGCCACAAGUUUCUUUAUUCUGCCAUUAUCUCUAAUCAUGGCAUUUCCUUUUGGGUGACAUAGCUCUUUUCUGCAGUUUUCACUUAACAACUGCAGCAGAUUUUAUGGUCUGUGUGAGACGACUGGCGCUGAGCAUCAAGCAAUGGAAGGCACUUAUGGGAACUUAGAUCCUGAAGAAUCCGUUUACCAAACUUCUACAUGUAAUGACAGCGGUUCAAGCAGCUCCAAGGUGAGACUUUACCUAGAAGUAAUUAUAUUUUUGGGAAUCCUGAAUGUUUUGCUGCUGGCUGGACUCAUCGCCCUCGGCGUACACUCUCGUUACCUGGCAGCAUAUCUUUCCAACAACCCGACCAACGAUACCAAUGACAACCCGUGUGCCACUCUCAAAGCUGACCUCACCGAAAUGGUUAAAAAGCUGCCAGUGUCUGGAGGUUGGAACUGCAGCGCUGCUCCACAGCAGUUUCCUGCAGCCCAGAUCGAUGCUGACCGGGGGAUGGUUGUGAUGACAGACAAAAACUCCAGCGCCUUCUUCUUGAGUGGAUCAUGUUGGUCCAAACUGGGCUCUGUGCCUCUUAAGCAUGUCUCAGUGGGACCUGCAGGGAUCUGGGGAGUCGACCAGCAGAACAAAGUCUAUAAAUUUGUAGCCAGUGAUUUCAUUCCUACUCGUGGUCUGGAGUUAAAGCAGGUAGAUGCAGGAGGACAAGGUCAGGUAGUAGGAGUUGCUAAGGGCGACACCAUCCACUGCCUGACUGCCAACAAAGCCUCAUCCAUAAAGGAGAUCAUAAACUGGACCAGUGGUAUAGCUGGUUUUCUAAUUUAUAUCAGUUGUGCUCCAACUGGAUGCUGGGGAGUGAACGCACAACAAUCAAUCUUCUUCACGCAAAUCUCAAACUCCUGCGUCAAGCCUGGAAACUGGAUCCAGGUGGAUGGAGAGGCAGUAAAUGUUGAAGUUGGGAGUGACGGAAAUGUCUUUGUUGUAAAUCGACUUGGACUGCUCUACGAAAGAACUGGCAUCUCUGAUCAAGUUCCACAGGGCACAGGUUGGAAGAAAAUUGAAAUGUCUGUGAAGAUCAAACACGCCAGCUACGAUCUGGGGUAUAUGUGGCUUGUGACUGAGGAAGGUUUCAUUGUGAAAUGCACCAAGUAACCAGGUGGAAGUCCUCAAUUGAAACUUUUCUAUUUUCAUGACUUCUGUGGUUCAGUCCUGUGUGUGCUUUAUCAUCAGAAUACACAGGAUGUAUGGUGAUGUUUAGGCCCAGGCUUAAACAGGAGCCUGGGCCUCCUGUUUAACUAUAGUGGGAGGUUUGUAAUGCUGUGUUGUAACGCCUCAAUAUGUAAUAGUGUAAUCAAUUCUGGCUUCAAUAUGUAAUGAAACAUAUUUACAACCACAUUAUGUAAAAUGCAAAAUGUAGUAAAAUCUUUGAGCACAUAUUGUAAUAGUUUCUGCUGCAUCACGCAUGAUUACAAAAUGUAGGGGUCGCUUUUUUUUUUUUUUUAAAUAAUAACGUAAUAAUGUGGUAAGUUAUGCAAUAAAGUUCGACAAACCUUGUUUUCAUCCUGAUCAACAUUCUUCUAAUAGAAGUCAAAUUGCAUUGCCUUUGUAUUUGCAUUUUUGAAACUUUAAAACAAUUAAAGUGUCAUAAAACAGCAUGGAUGUUUGAUUCUUGAGACUAAUCGUGUUAUUUUCCCCACCUGGAAAAUAUAAAAGCUAUGCUCUUUAACACCAAACACAGCCCCUACUUUUUUUCACAGACUCCUUUGACUCUGUACUUUUCUUCUCACUUUGCAAAG